CCCCCCCCCUCGCCGCCACCUCCCUCCUACUCCCGCUUCGCCCGCUUCCCGGGCGGUGUGGAGAAGAGCAAAGUUGCGACAGCAGCCAGGGGGCUCUGCCCAGGGUCGGCGUGGCGAAGGACAGCUAGUGUCGGAGGAAAAGUAGACACACACCAGUUCAACUCCGGUCGCCCCCACUAUUACUUCGGGAGAAGAUGCACUGAAUACUUGGAUCUAUGAGACGAUUGAAUAUAUUUUCUCAUGAAGAGUCUUUGCUCAGUUGAACUUGGUUCUACCAUGCCCAGGGGGAGUGGCCACAACAGAUCCUAUCUGGCAGUGAGUGGCUGUCAUGAUCUCUACAGCACCGCUCUACAGCGGCGUGCACAACUGGACCAGUUCUGACCGGAUUCGCAUGUGUGGCAUCAACGAGGAGAGAAGAGCACCUCUUUCUGAUGAGGAGUCCACGACAGGUGACUGCCAGCACUUUGGAUCUCAGGAGUUUUGUGUCAGCAGCAGUUUUUCCAAGGUGGAGCUCACAGCAGUUGGAAGUGGCAGCAAUGCCCGGGGGGCAAACCCAGAUGGCAGUACAACAGAAAAACUUGGGCACAGGUCAGAAGAUCAGCCUGAUGAUCCCCAGCCAAAAAUGGACUAUGCUGGGAACGCAGGAGAGGCUGAGGGCCUCCUGGUGCCACUGAACAGCCCAGGAGACGGGCUGAAGCUGCCCACUCCUGAUAGCACUGAGGCCGGCCAUAGCAGGGCCAAUUGCUCUUGGACUCCCCUAAGCACCCAAAUGAGCAAACAGGUUGACUGCUCGCCAGCCGGGGUAAAGGCUUUGGACUCUCGGCACAGUGUUGGGGAGAAGAACACUUUCAUUUUGGCAACUCUGGGAACUGGAGUCCCUGUGGAGGGAACCCUGCCUCUAGUUACCACUAACUUCAGCCAGCUGCCGGCACCUAUCUGCCCUCCUGCCCCUGGGUCGACCUCUGUGACCCCGUCGGUUCCCGAUCCAUUCCAAGUUCCCCUCUCUGUCCCAGCCCCAGUGCCCCACUCAGGACUAGUUCCAGUCCAGGUUGCCACGUCAGCUUCAGCUCCUUCUCCUCCCCUAGCACCAGUGCCCGCUCUAGCUUCAGCACCGCCCUCGGUGCCUGCUCUCAUCUCUGAUUCAAACCCUCUCUCCGUGUCAGCCUCUGUCUUGGUGCCUGUACCAGCGUCUGCUCCCCACUCGGUCCCAGUGCCACUGUCGGCUCCUGCUCCUACCCCUCUCACGGUCUCUGUUUCUGCACCUCCCCUGGCCCUAAUCCAGGCUCCUGUGCCUCCUUCAGCUCCCACUUUGGUCCUUGCUUCUGUCCCAACUCCGGUCCUAGCUCCCAUGCCAGCAUCCACGCCUCCAGCAGCUCCUGCCCCUCCGUCUGUGCCGAUGCCCACUCCAACCCCAUCCUCUGGCCCGCCGUCUACCCCCACCCUUAUCCCUGCUUUUGCUCCUGCUCCGGUGCCUGCACCCACCCCGGCCCCAAUCUUUACUCCAGCCCCCACGCCCAUGCCGGCUGCCACACCAGCUGCCAUCCCCACCUCAGCACCCAUUCCAGCCUCCUUCAGUUUGAGUCGGGUGUGUUUCCCUGCAGCUCAGGCACCAGCUAUGCAAAAAGUCCCUCUGUCUUUUCAGCCAGGGACAGUGCUGACCCCUAACCAGCCGCUGGUAUACAUCCCACCUCCGAGCUGUGGGCAGCCACUCAGUGUGGCUACACUGCCAACCACUCUGGGAGUCUCUUCCACACUCACGCUCCCAGUCCUGCCAUCUUACCUACAGGAUAGGUGUCUCCCAGGUGUGUUGGCCUCCCCAGAGCUCCGCUCUUACCCAUAUGCAUUUUCCGUGGCCCGGCCUUUGGCUUCAGAUUCGAAGUUGGUCUCUUUAGAGGUGAACAGGCUCUCUUGUACUUCCCCAUCCAGCAGCACUAACACCCAGCCUCCUCCUGAUGGGAUCCCUGGACCUAUGGCAGAUACUUCCCUCACCACUGCUUCUGCCAAGGUGCUUCCAACUUCACAGCCUUUGCUGCCAGCCCCCAGUGGGAGCUCAGUCCCACCACACCCCUCCAAGAUGCCAGGCAGCACCGAGCAACAAACAGAAGGGACUUCCGUGACCUUCUCUCCUCUCAAGUCACCUCCCCAGCUCGAGCGAGAGAUGGCCUCUCCACCCGAGUGCAGCGAGAUGCCUCUUGACCUCUCUUCCAAGUCCAACCGCCAGAAGCUUCCAUUGCCGAACCAGCGUAAAACACCUCCCAUGCCUGUGUUGACCCCUGUGCACACCAGCAGCAAGGCCCUCCUUUCCACAGUCCUGUCGAGGUCUCAGCGCACAACUCAGGCAGCCGGCAGCAAUGUCACUUCCUGCCUGGGCUCCACUUCUUCGCCUUUUGUUAUCUUUCCUGAGAUGGUGAGGAAUGGAGACCCGAGCACCUGGGUCAAAAACUCCACCGCUCUGAUCAGCACCAUCCCUGGCACAUAUGUGGGAGUGGCCAACCCAGUGCCUGCAUCCCUGCUGUUGAACAAGGACCCGAACCUGGGCCUCAACCGAGAUCCUCGCCAUCUCCCCAAGCAGGAGCCUAUCUCCAUCAUUGAUCAAGGAGAGCCUAAGAGCACUGGUGCCACUUGUGGCAAGAAAGGCGGCCAGGCUGGUGCCGAGGGACAGCAAAGCACAGUCAAAUCCCGUUAUACCCCAGCCCGCAUUGCCCCUGGGCUGCCAGGGUGCCAAACCAAGGAACUGUCUUUAUGGAAACCUACAGGGCUGACAAAUAUGUACCCACGGUGUUCCAUCAAUGGGAAAGCCACUAGCACCCAGGUCCUGCCUGUCGGCUGGUCACCAUACCACCAAGCAUCUCUGCUUUCUAUUGGCAUUUCCAGUGCCGGGCAACUAACCCCCAGUCCGGGGGUGCCUAUCAGGCCCACCAGCAUUGUUUCUGAGUUUUCUGGUGUGUCAUCUCUUGGCUCCAAUGAAGCUGUUCAUGGACUUCCUGAGGGGCAGCCACGGCCUGGGGGCCCCUUUGCUCCAGAACAGGAUGCUGUCACAAAGAACAAAACUUGCCGAAUUGCUGCCAAGCCUUAUGAAGAACAAGUCAAUCCUGUCCUCUUGACUCUCAGCCCUCAGACAGGGACCCUGGCGCUGUCUGUUCAGCCUAGCAGUGGGGACAUUGGAGUGAAUCAAGGACCUGAAGAAUCUGAGAGCCGCCUCUGCUCUGAUAGUACUCCUAAGAUGGAAGGCCCCCAGGCAGCCUGUGGCCUAAAACUGGCAGGAGACACAAAGCCUAAAAACCAAGUGCUGGCUGCCUAUAUGUCCCACGAGCUGGUCUUGGCCACCCCCCAGAACUUGUGCAAGAUGCCUGAGCUGCCUUUGCUACCUCAUGACAGCCACUCUAAGGAACUCAUUUUAGAUGUGGUUCCAAGCAGCAAGAGGGGCCCCAGCACAGACCUUUCGCAGCUUGGAAGUCAGGUGGAUCUGGGGCGGGUAAAAAUGGAAAAAGUGGAUGGUGAUGUGGUCUUCAAUUUAUCCAACUGCUUCCGGGCCGAUGGUCUCCCGGCAGUUCCCCAGAGGGGCCUGGCUGAAGCUCGUGGGAAAGCCGGGCAAGCUCGAGUGAAACGGGAAAGCGUUGGGGUCUUUACUUGCAAGAACAGUUGGCAACCAGAUGAAGACACAGACUCUCUGCCACCCAAAAAGUUGAAGUGUAACAAAGACAAGGAAAUUGAGGAAGAGCCACAGCAGCAGCCUCCGCUGCUGCCACAGCCACAUGAUAAGCCUAUGGUCCGGAAUUCCCUGGGAUCCAAGUGCCGGAAGCUGCCUGGAGACCCCCAGGAACCCACCAAGAAAAACCCCAGAGUGGCUUCAGAUUCAGGAAAAGAGCACAAUGGAGUCAGGGGAAAGCACAAGCACCGGAAGCCAGCAAAGCCAGAGUCCCAGCCUCCAGGAAAACGAGCUGAUGGCCAUGAGGAAGGUUCCUUGGAAAAGAAAGCGAAGAGCAGUUUCCGUGACUUCAUCCCUGUGGUUCUGAGCACUCGGACACGCAGUCAGUCUGGAAGCAUCUGCAGCUCUUUUGCUGGUAUGGCAGACAGUGACAUGGGAAGCCAGGAGGUCUUCCCUACAGAGGAAGAGGAGGAGGUGGCUCCCACCCCCACUAAGAGGAGAAAGGUGAGAAAGACCCAAAGGGACACCCAGUACCGCAGCCAUCAUGCCCAGGACAAGACCCUGCUGAGCCAAGGCCGCAGACAUCUGUGGCGAGCCCGAGAGAUGCCCUGGAGGACAGAGGCUGCCCGGCAAAUGUGGGACACCAAUGAAGAGGAGGAAGAAGAAGAGGAGGAGGAGGAGGAGGGCCUGGUGAAGAGAAAGAAACGGAGACGACAGAAGAGCCGAAAAUACCAGACUGGGGAGUACUUGACAGAACAAGAAGAAGAGCAGCGGCGGAAAGGGAGAGCAGAUUCAAAGGCCCGUAAGCAGAAGACUUCCUCCCAAAGUUCAGAGCACUGCCUCAGGAACAGGAACCUUCUCCUGACCAGCAAAGCCCAGGGGAUCUCCGACUCACCAAACGGUUUCCUCCCAAAUAACCUGGAGGAGCCAGCCUGCCUUGAAAAUUCAGAAAAGCCAUCAGGAAAACGAAAGUGCAAGACCAAGCACAUGGCAAACGUCGCAGAAGAGGCAAGGAGCAAAGGUCGUUGGAGCCAGCAGAAGACACGAUCUUGUAAAUCUCCUACUCCAGUGAAGCCCACAGAACCAUGUACACCCUCCAAGUACCGAAGUGCUGGCCCAGAAGAGGCCUCAGAGUCACCCACUGCCCGACAGAUCCCCCCAGAGGCACGGAGACUCAUCGUGAACAAAAAUGCUGGUGAGACCCUCCUGCAGCGAGCAGCUCGCCUGGGCUAUAAGGACGUUGUUCUCUACUGCCUCCAGAAGCACAGUGAGGACGUGAAUCACCGUGACAAUGCGGGCUACACAGCCCUGCACGAGGCCUGUUCCCGGGGCUGGACUGAUAUCCUGAACAUCCUGUUGCAACAUGGGGCUAAUGUGAACUGCAGCUCCCAGGACGGCACAAGGCCAGUUCAUGAUGCUGUGGUCAAUGACAACCUGGAGACCAUCUGGCUCUUGCUAUCCUAUGGAGCUGAUCCCACACUGGCUACCUACUCGGGUCAGACAGCCAUGAAGCUGGCCAGCAGUGAUAACAUGAAGCGCUUUCUCAGUGAUCACCUCUCGGAUCUUCAGGGCAGGGCAGAGGGCGAUCCUCGCGCAUCCUGGGAUUUUUACAGCAGUUCUGUGUUGGAGAAAAAGGACGGGUUUGCCUGUGACCUCCUCCAUAAUCCUCCUGGGAGUACCGAGCAAGGAGACGAUUCAGAACAGGAUGACUUCAUGUUCGAACUCUCAGACAAGCCUCUUCUCCCUUGUUACAACCUCCAAGUGUCAGUGUCCCGUGGACCCUGCAACUGGUUCCUCUUCACCGAUGUCCUGAAGAGGCUGAAGCUUUCCUCAAGAAUCUUCCAGGCCCGGUUCCCGCACCUUGAAAUCACCACCCUGCCCAAGGCCGAGUUCUACCGGCAGGUGGCCUCAAGCCAGCUGCUGACCCCCGCUGAGAGGCCUGGGAGCUUGGAGGACAGAUCUCCCCCAGGCUCUUCUGAGACUGUGGAGCUGGUGCAGUAUGAGCCAGAGCUGCUGCGGCUCCUAGGGUCGGAGGUGGAAUACCAGUCUUGGAGCAGUUGACGGAAACAGCCCCUCCCCUGUUCUUCUUUCUUCUCCGAGUUCACCCUUCCCCCACCGCCCGUGUCUCCCCCACCACGCACCAGACUGCAGAAUGAGGCAAUAAUACGGACCAACAAGAAGCCGCCUUAUCAAUGCCAGCAUUAGUGACUGGAUUUUUGUUUUGUUUUGUUGUUUUGGGUUACAGUUAGUUCUCAUCUCCCUGUUGUUGUGGUUGGUGACGGGGGUGGAAAGUUGAACUCCACUUCUGAAGACAAGAGGUCUGGAGAUGGUGGAAGGUGGCACCAGGGUCCCUUGGACUGGCUUCUAUGCUUAUGACCAAGACCAAACAUGGACCUGGGUGGCUGUGGCCUGUCCUAAGGAGAAAUGAGAAAAGCCCAAAUCUCUCGAGUGCCCCUCCCUAUCUCCCUGUUCUCUUCUGUCUUCCAUAGUAUUUAUUUUAUUAGUAUUUAAUUUGUAUUGUUUCAUUGGUUUCUGAUAAGUCUGUAUCACUGUGACGAUUUGAGGCAACUUGUUGUAUUGAGGGACUUUCUUUACCUCCUUUCCUUUUUCUUUCUGGAUAAGCUUUGGGGAUGCCCCCUCCCUCGAAGAAAACUAGUCCCAGCUCGUCUUUCCCCAGUCGGGGGAGGGAGCAGGGUGAGGAAGGCUAGGGGGACAUCAUCAUAUGACUAAACAUCCUGGCUGCUGCUGGCCCAGAGCUGGGGGGCUGGGGGCAAAUCCCUGGCCUUUGGUGCUCCCCCACCCCCUGCCAGUCUUGCCCCACGCCCUGCCCUUUGUAGCAGCUCUGCCAUCUGGAGAUUAGUGUUUACUGAGGAGAGGGGUUCCUGAGUUACUCUAAUAAAGGCAGGUCGAGAAUGGGCCCGAGGGGUGAGGGCGCUUCCCUCACCCUGCUCUGCUCACAGUGCACAGGGUGAAGCUAUCCUGGCAUCUUCUGCCCUGUACCCAGCCCCUCCUUGCCUCACCCUGCCUACCCUGGGCUCCCUCCCCAUCUUGAGAUACUGAGCCUUUUCACCUCCCAGCCUUUGCCCUGCCAUCCCUACCGCAGACUUCCGGCCCCCUUUCCCGGCUCUCCUCCUCUGGAGUCCGCAAAGAGCCCUGGGACUGACUAGGCAAGGGCAGAGACUAGUCUCUAGUCUGGCUCCACACCCACUUGGGGACUUGGAGCUGAGUGAGUGGCACAGGGGCCUCAGAAGCCUAAGUGUUAGAUCUGUUCUAGGAGAGUCGGGGGAGGAGGGGCUUGGGUUCUUUCCAUGGCCCCACCCCUCCAUACCAUCGUCUUUCCCACUCUUCUUAUUUUUCUACCGAUUGCUAUUUUUCCGAACAAUCCUUGUAGAGUAUGUACCAUCGAAAAGCAGGAGGGCCUUGCUGUGGUUGGCUCUGGAUGGAGAUGGUACAGUUUUAUUGUACAGGUGCUAAACAACAACAAAAGAAGAAAAUGGAAAAAAAGACAAAAAAGGAAAAAAAAAAAACCAGUUUGGGGAUGGGACAAUCUGUUCUCUGGAGGCUCCUGACCCAUUUAGGAGCAUUGUUUCUUUUAACUGUGUGUGAUUUUUGUUCCCAUGGGGAUUUUCUGGGCCCCCUUCUGUAGGACAGCCCACCAUCCUGCCCAAUUGGUUUUGAACAAUUGUUUUCCCUUUUUAACAACAACAAAGUUAUAUAUAUAUAUAUAUAUAUACACACACACAUAUAUAUGUAAAGUUGAGGGGGUUUGGACUUCAGGUUUCUCUGUUGUGUUGGGAUUUCCGAUACUGUGUGGUUUAUUUGGUUUUCUGUUGGCCUUGACUUUGUUUUGCAUUUGGGUGUGUACUCUGGCUGCCCUUUAUGUUUCGUUCUCAGCCACUGGCUGUGGAGUCAAAAACACUUGCAUACUGAAACACCUGUG